AGUGAGGAAGAAUAGGAAGAACAUCCGAUUGCCCUGGUUAGCGAAUUUUAUCUUCCAUUUAAAGUUCCCGACAACACAGAAAUUUAUCGCGUUUACCUGCUCAACCAACCAUGUCAUACCAACUGUAUCGUAAUACUACACUCGGCAACACACUUCAGGAAAGCCUAGAUGAACUAAUUCAGUACGGUCAAAUAACACCGCAACUUGCGAUAAGAGUUUUGGUGCAGUUUGAUAAGUCGAUCAAUUCUGCACUUUCCAAUCGGGUUAAAUCCCGCGUCACCUUCAAAGCGGCUAAACUCAACACCUAUCGCUUCUGUGACAACGUGUGGACGCUAAUGUUAAACGAUGUCGAGUUUCGAGAAGUGCAUGAGUUUGCACGUGUAGACAAGGUCAAGAUCGUCGCCUGUGAUGGCAAAAAUGUAAGCGCAGGAGAUGAACCAAGCCGAUAAACGUGACACACCUCUAUCUUCUAGUGCGUUACAUCUUCGUAAAUGCCAUGUCAGUCGGAGGACGAAUGUUGAAGCAGUUUUUUCCCCAUUUUAGUUUCUAAGCGUACUUGCAUUAUCAAUGGACAGAAUACGAUUUAAUAGUAGAUGUCGUCGAACAAUUCAAACACAAAAUAAAUAAAUCAUUGUAAAUUGACAAAAAACUUGUUCUUCA